CAUGCAGGCGGAGCUUGGUCCGGUGCAGAGCUGCAGACCGGAGCACGGUUCACCUGCUGGGAACAAGUGGGCCAAGACCAGAGCGCCUGUCUGUCGCCUGGCUCACCUUCAUGUGUCUGUGUGGCUUCUCACACCCGGAAGAUAAGAUCACGUAUAGCAGCAGCCUCGUGUUUGUGUCAGCAUCUUGGAUCUGAACAAACUGAGGAUGGAGCUCUGUGCUCUGCUGAACUGCGUCCAACAGGAUCUCAAGGGAGGACCACAUGGCUGGAUGCUUUGAGGGUGCAGGGUAAGAGGAAGGGGGACUCCCAUGUCAGAGUUUUAGGAUGGCCAGUGACGGCUCCACUCUGCCCAGCCCCGUGGUCCGGCAGAUCGACAAGCAGUUCUUGAUCUGCAGCAUAUGUCUGGACCGCUACGACAACCCCAAAGUGCUGCCCUGCCUGCACACCUUCUGUGAGAGGUGCCUGCAGAAUUACAUCCCGGCCCACAGCCUCACGCUGUCGUGCCCCGUGUGCCGCCAGACCUCGAUCCUGCCGGAGAAGGGUGUGGCGGCGUUGCAGAACAACUUCUUCAUCACCAACCUGAUGGACGUGCUGCAGCGCGAGCCGGGCAGCCGCAGCCAGGAGGCCGCCGCCCUCAGCGACAUCACCGCCGUGGCCACGGGCCAACUGCUCUCCUGCCCCAAUCAUGGAGGCAACGUCAUGGAGUUCUACUGUCCUCCGUGCGAGACGGCCAUGUGUCAGGAGUGUACGAGCGGCGAACACGGAGAACACCCCACUGUGCCUCUCAAAGACGUGGUGGAGCAGCACAAGGCCUCGCUACAGGGCCAGCUGGACGCCGUGAAGAAGAGGUUGCCGGAGAUCGACUCGGCCCUGCAGACGCUGUCGGAGAUCCUGCAGCAGCUGACCGGUCAGAAGAGCGCCAUCGAGGGCGACAUCCACUCGACCUUCGACGAGCUGCAGAAGACCCUCAACGUCCGGAAGAGCGUUCUGCUCAUGGAGCUGGAGGUCAACUACGGCCUCAAGCAGAAGGUGCUCCAGGCCCAGCUGGACGCCCUGCUGCAGGGCCAGGAGGGCAUCAACAGCACCUGCAACUUCACGGAGCAGGCUCUGAGCCACGGCACCGAGGCGGAGGUGCUGCUGGUGAAGAAGCAGAUGAGCGAGCGUCUCAUUGAGCUGGCCAGCCAGGAGCUUCCGCUGCAGCCCGGCGAGAACGACCAGCUGGACUUCCUCGCGGAGACGGACGGACUGAAGAAGUCCAUCCACAACCUGGGCACCAUUCUAACGACCAACGCCGUGGCGUCUGAGUCCGUGGCCACUGGCGAGGCGCUGCGGCACUGUGUGGUGGGCGUGGCCACCUCCGUCACCAUCACCACCAAGGACAAGGAUGGGGAACUGUGCAAGAUGGGCAACGCGGUCAUAACUGCUGAGAUCUCCUCGCCCGACGGCGGCAGAGGUGAAGGAGAGAUACUGGACAACAAGAACGGCACCUACGAGUAUCUGUUCACGGCCCCCAAGGAGGGGAGUUUUAACUUAUCCCUGCGUUUGUAUGACCAACACAUCAAAGGAAGCCCCUUCAACAUCAAGGCCACCAAGUCCAUGGACGUGUCACCAACUUCAGACGGCGUGAAGAAGAGACUGAAGUCUCCGGGCAGCGGGCACGUCAAGCAGAAGGCCAUCAAGAGGCCGGCCAGCAUGUACAGCACGGGGCGGAGGAAAGAGAACCCCAUCGAGGACGACCUCAUCUUCAGAAUCGGCACAAAGGGAAGAAACAAGGGGGAGUUCACGAACCUGCAGGGAGUGGCUGCCUCCUCUCUGGGGAAGGUGCUGAUCGCAGACAGCAACAACCAGUGUGUCCAGAUUUUCUCCAACGACGGCCAGUUCAAAAGUCGUUUCGGGAUCCGGGGCAGGACUCCGGGUCAACUGCAGCGGCCGACGGGCGUGGCCGUCCACCCCAACGGCGACAUCAUCAUCGCCGACUACGACAACAAGUGGGUCAGCAUCUUUUCAAGCGAGGGCAAGUUCAAGAGCAAGAUCGGCUCGGGGAAGCUGUUGGGCCCCAAAGGCGUGUCGGUGGACCGAAACGGCCACAUCAUCGUGGUCGACAACAAGGCCUGCUGCAUCUUCAUCUUCCAGCCCAACGGCAAGCUGGUCACCAAGUUCGGUAACCGUGGCAACGGUGACCGGCAGUUUGCAGGUACACUCAAUGGUCCUCAUUUUGCUGCCGUCAACAACAACAAUGAAAUCAUCGUGACAGAUUUCCACAACCACUCAGUGAAGGUGUUCAACACGGAGGGAGAAUUCUUGCUGAAGUUCGGCUCCAACGGCGAGGGCAACGGCCAGUUCAACGCGCCCACGGGCGUGGCGGUGGACGUUAACGGUAACAUCAUAGUCGCAGAUUGGGGCAACAGCAGGAUACAGGUGUUUGACGGCAGCGGCUCGUUCCUCUCGUACAUCAACACGUCGGCGGACCCUCUGUACGGGCCGCAGGGACUGGCGCUCACCCCUGACGGACAUGUCGUGGUCGCCGACUCGGGCAACCACUGCUUCAAAGUCUACCGCUACCUGCAGUAGCCCUUCUCACUUUUGACGCACAAACUGUACAGUGUACACAAGACACACACAUAGACACAUUAGUACGGAGCCACCGGCAGAAUUUGCACUCGUCCCCUCACCCUCCAUUCCUCCCUGACACCGUGCUGUCGUUGUGCCAUCUUGUUUGACUGUUCUCCACGCGUGGCGUCCCGUUUGACCUCUGACACCGAAGCAACUACACAGUGUGAUUUACUUUUUUUUCUUUCUGUGACGUGAAUGAAGCAAGAGGAUCCGUGAUAUUCGCAGACGGCUGCUGCUGCUGACUGGCGCUUCGAGGAGUCACUCAUAACCGUGUUCACGUUUCAUCUUAUUUUAAACAUAAAAAAACGUUAGUGUUGUACAUAUUGUUAGAGCUUUGACUUGUCGUGACAUGGAAGAAAAACUGGAAAAAAUAAUGAUAUUGCACUUGUUCUUAAAAGAGGAAAUGCCGUUUGGGCACUGGCUGAAAUUAAAGUAAAGAAGUUACCUGAAAAUGAAUGGGAAUCCUAUUUAUAGUUUCAGUAACUGCAGCUUCCUGUUAAAUGCUCUUCACAUUUUGCCUGUUCAUUAUAUAAAAAGAAAAAUAUUCCACCUACUGUAGGUAGCAAGGUAUUUUGAAGCAUGAUUAGGGCUAAUCUGCAUGCUAACUUUGCUAAUAAACACCUGAAAAGCUACUGUGUGCACAAUAUACAAAUAUGUUUCAAGCAGACACUUGAACAACAUCACAAAAAGAAACUUUAAAUAGAGGCACUGUUUCAAUUUCAAUACUUCUAUCUGUGUGAAAACGACGAGUCAUUGUAAUUUGUCAUCACGUUAAUUAAUUAACACAUAAUGUGAUCAUUCCUGCUUAAUUGGAUUUUACAAAAACACCAGUGUUUGUGUGUGUAAGAUAGUUUGAGUGUGUGUUGUGAUCAAUUAAAGAACCUAAACACAAGGGACUUGAUUUGCUGACUGCCCCUGCGUGCCUAGCCUCUUGACAUUACAACUUAUGAUCUGCUGUGAUGGAGUGCAAACAUCUUUAGAAUUUGCUGCAGAAAAAUUUGAGUAAAUUAGCUGAAGUGCAUAAAAAAAACUCGGUAGGACGCAUCAGUCUUCACUCUAAACGUUUGUCCGUCAUGCUGCAGGUUUAUAGGUUUAACACAACAUCAGACACAGAUCGCGGCAGAAAUCAUUUCCAUGUGCUCUUACGUCUUUCAAAGAAAAUAUAAAAAUCAGUAGAACUACUAAGAAGUUGUAUUUUAGUAUAAAAAUUUGUCCUGAUAAAAAAAUAUAUAGUUCAACAGUUGAGGUGUGUGUUGUGAAAAUGCACUGUGCUGCUAUUUGAAAAGCCUUGGUCAAAAUUUUUUUUUGUCUUUACGCAAAGUUUUCAUUUAGGAAUCCGGAUUCUGGUCAUUGAUUUUCUACACAAUCUUGUUAAAUUAUUUGUUCUCCAUCGUCUUCAUUGUUUAUAUUUGUAAAUGCCAAAUGGAAAUAAAGUGCCCAUAGAAAAGAG